CACAUGAGGCACAAAGUUGCCAUGUUGCGGUUGGCGCUGCUGUUGACGCUGCUGCUGACGGCGCAGGCGAAGCCAGAGACAGAGGUGAAGGCGAGUGCGGACCAGGAUGGGCAGACGCCUGUGGGAUAUGCCGACAACAAGCCGCCCACUCAUGAGUUACCUCGGCCAUUAACCAUACCGGCGGAGCUGACAUACGGCCAAGGCCAACGGAGACCCCGCUCCCGCCGGCCCACUCUGAUGGAUGUGGCGCUGCAGCAGAGCGUGCAGCAAGGACUCAAUGCCAUGGCCGACCUCUACGGCAGGAUCCAGCCUCAAAUGCUGCUUAAUGGUCAAACGCUGCAGGACAAUCAUCCAGCUGCCCUGCUCUCCCGUUUCAAUGCGCCCAAUGCGGAGUCGGAACAGCGCGAGAUGGCCGCCUAUGCAACCAUCGAAGCCACGAAAGCCUUUCGUCACAACUUCCAGCACAUCGAUGAGCUGGCACGCCAAUCGCAUGCACACAAAAUCUCACUGCGUCGCACGGCCCUGGAGGCACUAUGCCCGGUGCGAGACCCUCCGCCGUGCAUGCCGGCGGCGGAGCGCUACCGGACGCACGAUGGCACGUGCAACAACAAGCGCAGGCCGCGCUGGGGCGCUGCACAGAUGCCCUUCAAUCGGUUCUUGCCGCCCGAAUAUGGCGAUGGAGUGGACAGCGUUCGCAGCUCAACGGAUGGCAGCACUUUGUCCUCAUCGAGAUUCGUCAGUCUGCUGGUGCAUGGAGCUCGCGAAGGGGAAGCACCUCUGACUCUCAUGAUAGCGCAGUGGGGCCAGAUGCUGGACCACGAUAUGACGUCCACGGCACAGCCGCGUUCGAUUAAUGGAUCCAUACCCAGCUGCUGUGGCGGCAAGGACUUUCAUCCGUCCUGCUUUCCCAUCAAGGUGCCACUGGAUGAUCCCUGGCUGUCACCGCUCAAAGUUCGCUGUCUGGAGUUUCUGCGCUCCGCACCGGCUCAGCGGCGCGACUGUGUCUUGUCCUGGCGAGAGCAAACCAACCAAGCCACAUCCUACAUCGACGCAUCGCCGAUAUACUCAAACAGUGCCAAGUCCUCGGACAAUGCGCGCAUUUUCCGUAAUGGCCUGCUGAUAUACGGCCGCGGCAAUCCGGCGGAAGAUGUGUGCCAGCGCGGCGCCAUUGCCACGCAGUGCAUCAGAGCGGGCGACGGCCGCAGCGGCGAGCAGCCCGGGCUUCUGGCCAUGCACCAUGUGUGGGUGGGCGAGCACAAUCGCAUCGCCAUGGAGCUGAGCGAGCUGAAUCCGCACUGGAGCGACGAGAAGAUCUACCAGGAGGCGCGCCGUAUUAUCGGCGCCAUGUUCCAGCACAUCACAUAUCGGGAGUUUCUGCCGGUGGUGCUCGGCCAGGAGGUGUGCAAGCUGUUUGACCUACAGCUCUUGAGCACAGGCUACUACGAGGGCUACGAUCCGAAGGUCAAUCCGACUGUGGCCAACGCUUUCUCUUCGGCUGCGUUUCGAUUCGGCCACUCCCUGGUCCAGAACUCCUACAUGCGAUGCGAUCGCCAUCACAACAUGAUCAACAACAAUGUUAGUUUGCACGAGGAGUUUCAGAAUGGCGACAUUGGAACGGCGGGCUCGCUGCAUCGUCUGCUACGCGGAUUGGCAUCCCAACGAGCGCUCAAGCGAGACGAGUUCAUUACGCCCGAGCUAACCAACCACUUGUUCCAAACGCCAGGAUUUCCCUUUGGCCUUGACCUGGCCGCCAUCAACAUUCAGCGUGGGCGUGACCACGGCCUAGCUCCAUACACUGCGUGGCGAGUGCCCUGUGGCCUCAGUCCGAUUCAGACCUGGGAUGAAUUCGCUAAUGUGGUCGGCCCAGAGUCAGCGAAGCGAAUUGGACACGCUUAUCGCAGCGUUCACGACAUCGAUCUAUUUGUCGGCGGCAUUGCGGAAAGACCUGUGAUAGGCGGACUGGUGGGUCCAACUUUUGCAUGCAUCAUAGCCCAGCAGUUUAGCAAUUCGCGACGCGGCGAUCGUUUCUGGUACGAAAAUGGCGGGUUCGAGAGUUCCUUCACGCCAGCCCAGCUCCACUCGAUCAGAAGAGUCUCGCUGGCACAAGUGCUAUGCCGAGCAGUGGGCGGGGGUACGUUCCAGCCACAUAUAUUCAUACCCGCUGAGUUUCCUGACAACGAACGUCAGAACUGCGGCACUGGCAUACUGGGAUUCAUUGAUCUAAGUCCUUGGCUGGAGCAGGAUCCAUUCUUGCCGGCCAAGCAACAGCCCGAGCACGUUUUUAGCAUCGUAGAGUCGGAAUCGCCCCAAAAUGAAAUAGGUGUCAGGCCAAUCGUCAAGGAGGACAAGGCGGGUUUCUCCAACCGCGUGAAGCCUAUGCAACCCCAUGUUGAGUUUAACCCCAACUCAGCGACAGGCUUCCUCCGACCGACGAACGCCAACAUAAGCAAGAUAAACGACAAGCUCGACCUUAAACGUAAGACGCAGACCGUGACCAAGACGAAGACAGGAAACAAUAACAACAGGAAUACGAACCCAACUCGAGGUGUAAGCAAUAAGCUAGACAAGUCGCCCAAAAUAACUAUUAAUAUAAAGAACGUGAGCAUUAGAAAACCUGGGGGAACAGGUCCGAAACGCACAGUGGUUAUAAACAACAUACCUCUGGAGCUACGCAGCGCCGGUGAUGGUAAUAUCACAGCAUCGGCAAAGACUGACAACGAAUCAGACACUAUAGACGGAGACCCAGGACUGCAACUUCUUAAUACAGAACUACCAGAGUUCCGAGAUAUCGACAGUGAACAGCAUACGACUGUGACUACUGACAAAUCGGACAGUACAACCGAAAAUACGAUACAGCCACAUUUACAAGACAGCAACACAGACGACACACUUGACCCACUGAGACAAAGCCCUACAGAGCUUGACAAUCUUAAACGGGUGCCUCGUCAAGUGACAAAACCGAAUAAAAAGGACGAAGAACCAAACACUAGACUCUUGCACGGCCAACGGAAUCGUACGACAACUCAAUCGACAACAACAGAGACAAUAUCGAGAAAAACAACGCCAAGCAUUACCCGUAGUCGUACAACCAAGUCCUCUAAAAUCUCGAAGACAACAAAGCGGGGCGUGGAACUGCGUAGCCACUACCAAAGCAGACCGGUCUACCCCCAAAAAGUAGUCGUAAACGGACCCCACACAAACGACCAAUACGAAAUUGAGAUUAAUAUACGACAGACAAACAAAAGUCCGGUAACGAGACCGAUUGCCGCAGAGUAUACCGACUAUACGACAUCGACUGUCUACAGACCCUACAACAACUACGAAAAUAGCUACGCUCCCCAGUUCAUGGACUAUGCCAGCACAACGCCCAGCUACGGCUAUUAUCCAACGCAUAGGGACACCAUACCGCCGCAGCUACAGAAAACGAAACCGCCGACUAUCAUCUACCUUAACGACAACGAUGACAGACGUACCACAACACGUGCACCGAAUAUAUUUCAGAACUUCUUAACCUUUGCCACCAAUACCUUCAAUCCGAAUGCCAACAGACGACCAACACAAGCACCACAGACGCCUAGUCCGAUUUCUUCGUUCCAUCAAGAGCGACCUUAUCAAGAGACUCAUGUGAUAAAUAGUCCCAUCAGCAGCUCUCUCAGUGUAAGCAGCCCGGCACACUAUGCGCCACGCCCACCCCUUUCGCAAACCCAUUCGACUUCUAGCAAUUCCCAAAUCGGGGUAAGCCAAAAUAAUUAUUUGCAUGCCUCCAGCUCGGCCGUCAGUGCUGGCAACUAUGGCAGCAUUUCUGGUGUGGCCAGUGCGAAUGGUGCCGACAGCAUCUUUAGCUUUAAUAUCCGCCCACGUCCGGAUAAUAAUCCCGUGUUUAGUUCCUACCCACGUCCGCAGAGCUUGGGAGGCAGCUACGGCCUCGUCUCACAAUCACCGUACAAACCCGACUAUCAACAGAGCCAUAGCGAGCUCUAUUACGAUCGAGAGCUAACACAAAAUCCGAGUCCUUUCUCUACUGGUUCCGUGGUGGGCCAUCGACCACUGACACAGACGCAAUCGUACUAUGCCCGGACGCAGGAACUGAAGGACUUGGGGAGUAACAUUAACGAGAUUUCGAGUACGGAUCACAAACUGGACAUGAUUAAGGACUACGAUUUCUUGAGUCGCACGUUAAGCAAUAUUACGACAGAUGACAUUACAAUGGACACCACUGACGAUUACACUUACGACGAUGACGAGCCAAGCAAAAACAUAGACUUUACUAAGGGGAGCAGGCCAAUAGAUAACCCGACUGCAUCCAAUGACAAUACAAAUACAAGUGUCGUAGCUAAUGAGACAUCGAAAAACUCAACAACGAACACGACUUACCUGGACGAUAACUUCGUGUUGCCCAUGCUGGACAACAAGACACAGACAACGUACGUGACAGAAAUGCCCAAGCCAAUGCUGAGCACCUCCAGCCGUAGCACAGCCAAUAGCAAAGUUACAGUUUUUACGGACAGCCUUGGCAAGCAGUUGGGCAGUAGCAUCUUGGCCGAUGCCGAGGACUAUGACGAACGAUCAGCAGCUGCAGCUACUGCAGUUGUUAAACAGUCGACCAACGUGGCCUUUGCCCCGAUUAACGUACUGACAAAACCGGACAGACCGGACAACUGGGUAAUAUUUAACAGGACUAAUGAGGAGCCGCCUCUCCCUCAGCCGCCAGCAGUGAGCUCGGGCAUGGGCGUUGAGCCCGCUGCAGAGAUCCCUAUGCCGUUUCAUAUCGUACGUGAAAAGCAGAAUAUACGCGAAGCAAUAGCACCGGAUACAAAACAAAAACCACAAAAUGAUACAAUCAAAAUGAGCACUAGAAAUUAG